UGAUAAGGACUGAGGGACCUGAGGACAUCCACUUUCCUGAUAUCACAGUUUAAUUAAUUUAGCACUUUAACACACCACUGAGUGUACACAGUGUAUAAUGUAUCUUCUUAUAUGAUAAUUUCAAAAAUCUUCUGAAGCCCAAGGGAUAUUUUCUCAUCUACAAGCCUUCACAGUUUCUAUUUGAGUUGUGUUUGCUGUCCCUCCACAAUGGGUGCAUUUAUUGCCAAGAUGCUGCUUCCGACAGUUAGCAGCCUGGUGUUUCUGCCUACAGCCAGUGUGGCCGCCAAGAGGGGCUUCCACAUGGAGGCCAUGGUCUACUUCUUCACCAUGUUCUUCACUGCGAUCUACCAUGCAUGUGAUGGCCCAGGCCUCUCCAUCCUGUGUUUCAUGAGAUACGACGUUCUGGAGUACUUUAGUGUUUACGGCACAGCUCUCUCCAUGUGGGUCACACUGAUAGCUCUGGGCGACUUUGAUGAACCCCAGCGCUCCAGUAUGACCAUGUUUGGAGUGCUGACCAUCGCUGUGAGGAUCUACCAGGAUCGCUGGGGCUACGGGAUCUACUCUGGACCCAUCGGAUCAGCUGUCUUCAUCAUCACUGUCAAAUGGCUGCAGAAGAUGAAACAGCUGAGGGCGGUGUAUCCAGAGAAGAUAGUGUACACGCAGCAGGUCGGUCCAGGCUGCUGCUUCGGUGCUCUCGCUCUGAUGCUGCGUUUCUACUUUGAGGAGUGGGACUACGCCUACGUCCACAGCUUCUACCAUCUGUCUCUGGCGGUGUCCUUCGUCCUGCUGCUGCCAAAGAAGAACCGCUAUGCAGGGACGGGACGAAACGCGGCUAAACUCAGCUGGUUCACUCUCUGCUGCUGUUCCAUGUCCCCUGGUACAACUAAAGAGAAGACUGGUACUACUAAAGAGAAGACUGGUACUACUAAAGAGAAGACAGACAAGCCGAAGAAGAAGAAGUCGUCUCGUACCGUGUGGACAAUCCCCACAGAGAAGCCGUGGACACAACGCAGUAGCACCCCUAUCCUGCCUCUUUACACCCCCCCACCCUCCACACCUGUCAAAGGGACCAGCAUCAGCAAGCUCAAAGAGAUGAACGGCUGGAAGUGAACCCCAAAACGUAACAGUCUCACGUAAGAAGGACUUCAUCCUGAAGAACAGGCAGAGAUAGUGGUCGGCUAGGAGCGGGAAACAGGAAAAUCACCAAAUAACUGUCAGCCAAAUGCUGAUAAACUUGUAUGUGGCUGGUAAGUUAAUCUUCUUCAGCAGGAAACCAACCAUCAUGAGGACGUUCCUUUCUACUCCAGAAAAUCAUUGUUGGCUGGUAGAAUAUUUAAGGUCAGCAGCGCUGGAAUCCACCAGUAACUGUAGCUAGCAGAUAAAGAAGCAAAAAGGGCCCGAAAGUGGUUCUAAAAUUUAAGGGCAAGAACAAAAGAGGAAUCAGGCCUCCGGCGCCCUCAAAGACCCAAUAUGAACACAGCUGUCUGAAGCACUUGUCCAGAGCUGAGGACAGGCAGCACGCUACGAAAGAACACACACAGAACGAACAGGGAGACGGUGGCUGAGACAAACCAGUAAAACUGACUGGAAGGAUUUACGAGAAGAGCAAACAGGCAGAUGGUUUAUCUCUCCAAAAUAUAUAAAUUGUCUUUAGAAAUGUUCCUCAGGGGAGACCUUUCCGUCUGCUUGCCUCGGUCUGUCCGUCCCCCCUCCCCCUUCCCUUUCCAGUCUCUCUCAGGGAAAGGAAGCACGCGGCUGAAUUUGUUUUUGAGAAUUACAAGACUGUAAAGCACAUUUUACUGUUUUGAUACGUCCUCAAAGUGCCAAAUGUGUCGUGUGGAGCGUCAGACGUUGGAGCAAGGGGAAGCAGCGGCCCAGACGUCAGUCUGUAACCCGACUGAAGCAUCUUGAUGUGUUUCUGGAUCAGCAGGUGGACUCCUCUGUCUGUUAACUCUAGUUCACUGACCGAGCAGCUUUGGCUAUGACUUCUGUCCCUAAUGUGCACUGCAGACGUGUGAUGUUUCUGAUGAAAACCUGUAUCAAUAUAUUGUUAUUUAUU